AUUCAUACACGAAAUAUGAGUAUUUUUACCCAAUGUUUAAACCCUUUAACUGGAACUGUUACUUGGGAGGAAAAAGAUGAACAGUAUGAUUAUCAUCAAGAAGUUGCUAGAUCAGCAUUUGCUGAUAUGUUGCAUGACAGUGAAAGAAAUCAAAAAUAUUAUGCAGCAAUUAAAGCUGCAAUUAAAAAUAAACAUAAAAUUGGAGAAGAAGCUAAUGUACUUGAUAUAGGAACAGGCACUGGUUUGUUAUCAAUGAUGGCUGCUAAAUGUGGAGCAGACAGUAUAACAGCUUGUGAGGCCUUCACACCAAUGGCUAAAUGUGCUAUUAAAAUAAUACAAGAAAAUGGCUUUGAAGAUAAAAUCAAAUUAGUGCAUAAACGUUCCACCAAAAUGACAAUUGGAAAGGAUGGUGACUUAAUUAAAAAAGCAAACAUUUUAGUUACUGAAGUAUUUGAUACUGAACUUAUUGGAGAAGGAGCACUUUCCACAUUUCGUCAUGCUCAUGAACACCUUCUUGAAAAAAAUUCUAUAGUGGUGCCACAUACUGCUACUGUUUGGGUACAAGUAGUGGAAAGCUCUGCUGUAUGUGCAUGGAAUACAAUACAUCCAAUUCAACAUAAAAACACAUGCUUAUUAAAAAUACCACAUUCUAUAAAGUCUUGUUCUGGAGCAGCUGCAGUACAUGAUAUACAGUUAACACAGUUUCCUUAUGAUACAUUUAAACCUUUAUUACCACCUCAACCAAUAUUUAGGUUUAAUUUAGCUAGCAAAUUACUAUUCUAUGAUGAAACAAACUGUUUGCGUGUCAAAGCAAUUGAAAGUGGUACAGCACAUGCUAUUUUUAUGUGGUGGGAUUUAAUCAUGGAUGUUAAUAAUGAGGUAUUAUUAAGUUGUGCACCUGUGUGGGAACAUCCAGAUGCAAAAAUAUUACAAAGUAAAGGAAUAAGUUUGGAUGCAAUAGCAGAUGUUAUACCUUGGAGGGAUCAUUGGAUGCAAGCUAUUUACUAUUUACCUGUAGAAACUCCAGUAAUUGCUGGUAAUGAAGUUAGUUUGAUUGGCUACCAUGAUGAAUAUUCAUUAUGGUUCCAAUUGAUAAAUGAAUCAAUAAAGAAAAUACCAGAUUGUGAAAGACCUAUUUGCAGCUGCAGUGUUCAUGUAGCUUAUUGUAGAACACGUAUAGGACAAUUAAACGAUCAUAUGCGGAAUAAAAAAUAUAUUGAAGCAUUAGAAAAAAAAGUUACAUCGGAUACAGUAUGCUUAUGUCUCACAGAUGGUUCUUUAUUAGGCCUUGCUGCUAUUAAAUUAGGCGCAAAAAAAAUAUUCAUUUUAGAGACAAAUUUUUUGUCUAGAAAAUGUAUUGAAAUGUUUGUUGAAACGAAUAGGCUUUCAGAAAAAGUACAUAUUAUCAAAUCAGUGGAAAAUUUACCUUCUGAAAGUGAAAUUAAUUUAAUUUUCGGUGAACCGUACUUUAUUACUUCGAUUGUCCCAUGGGAAAAUUUGUAUUUCUGGUACUUAGCUUCAAAAUAUUCGCCUCAAAUACAAAGGUUACCAAUUGCAGCAACAUUAAUGGGCGUCAUAGUUGAAUUCAAAGAUUUGCAUAACAUACGAGCACCGCUUGGAAUCUGCGAAGGUUUCGAUUUAUCUAUUUUCGAUAAACUUAUACAGACGUCAAGUGAUAAGAGUGAUAGCCCAGUAGAAGCUCAACCAUUGUGGGAAUACCCUGCUAAAGCAUUAAGUUUACCUUUUAUUAUUAAAAAAUUUGAUUUAUUACAAAAUGUGAACGAAUACAAAAGUGUAAAUAUCUCGUCAGCUGUACCUAUCUUGGAAAGUGGAACAUGUAAUGGUGUAGCUUUGUGGGUUGACUGGCACUUGGAUUCUGAAAUUACGGUAUCUUCAGGACCUACAGCAGAAGUGCAACCUGGUAAACGGAUAUCGUGGGACCGGUACACAAGACAAGGCGUACAUUUAUUUAAAGAUAUAGCACAUGUUACGCAACAAAGUAUUGUUUCAUGCUCAUUUAACUUUGUACCACAACAUGGAAAUAUUAAAUUUGAUUUUCAUAUAUUGUCAAAAAGUAUGAAAUAA